UGUUUCUAUCUGCACCAGAAAGGGAAGGGGGAUUUAAAACCAGGCUGACAAAAAUGAGAAGGCUAGCGGUUGGUUAAUGAUGGGGCCCCGACAUAGUUAGCCAUCUGAUACAAAUCAUGGGAGGAUGUGUUGGGAGAGAACGCGAGGACACACAGGGCCACGGUUCAUCCAGGAGCGGUGGAAGGACUCACCGAAAACGUGGAGGUCGCAAUGAGCCCCUCAAGAAGGACAAGCCCAAGUGGAAGAGUGACUACCCCAUGACGGAGGGCCAGCUCCGCAGUAAGAGGGAUGAGUUCUGGGACACGGCGCCGGCCUUCGAGGGACGCAAGGAGAUAUGGGACGCCCUGAAGGCGGCCACUGUGGCCCUGGAGUGCAACGACCACGAGCUGGCCCAGGCCAUAGUGGAUGGAGCCAGCAUCACACUGCCUCACGGGUCCCUGACGGAGUGUUAUGACGAGCUUGGUAGCUGCUACCAGCUGCCCGUUUACUGCCUGGCCCCUCCGGUCAACCUGAUCUCCGAGCGCAGCGACGAGGACCCCAGUGACAACCCCGAGCCCACCGCUGCCCCCAAGAAGGAGUUCCAGCUCAAGGUGCGCCUUUCCACGGGCAAGGACCUGCGCCUUAGCGCCAGCAUGGCCGACCCCAUCGUGCAGCUGAAGAAGCAGCUGCAGGCCCAGGAGGACAUCGACACAGCCCACCAGCGCUGGUUCUUCUCGGGCAAGCUGCUCACGGACAAGACCCGCCUGCAGGACACCAAGAUCCAGAAGGACUUUGUCAUCCAGGUCAUCGUCAACCCGCAAGCCCCCAUUAACUAGGUCCCGGGUGAGUAGGGGUGAAGAGGAGGGGUGAUGGAGAGACCGGACUGGAUAAGAGGAACCCCGGGUUAAUGGCUUUACCACUGCUCUUUAAAACGGAGAGGUGAUCUGGGGAAUUAUAAGAGAUGAAUAACAGAAGGGAGAGACUCCAAAGUGCUGCUUUUCAAUGUCUACCAUUAAAGAGUGUGAUAUAUUUUUGAAUGCGUGACUUCACUGUGGGAGGGUUGGUCGAUUUGAUUGAUCGAGCCAGACCAGACCACUCACUCUGAGAAGGGUGUUCUGUGUCACUCACCACACUAACUCUGGAGUCACACUGUCCACUGAGACCUCUGCCCUCCUCCCCCUGCAGAAAUGACCCAAAUCACAGCAGAAUUGCCCCCCACCCCAGAUGUGAGACACUGCAGGUGUGAACUGCAUGGCAUUUGCAAGGGGUCUGCGUCUGCACUAAGUGCCAAUAUAAAUCGCAGAGUAAUUUGGAUCGGUUGUAAAGCACAUCCCCCCCCCCCCCCAUCAUAGAUUCCUACCUUGAUCCUCCCUCAAGUGAAAUACAAGCUAUUUUUCUCAUUCUAAUUAUUUUAAUAAGCUUUUUUUGCACACUUGAUUAUAUUUGCGUAGUAGUUUGUGUGCCUUCAAGGAAGAAAACAAAACAAAAUCCUAGGGGAAAACUCUAGUUUUACUGCUAAAGCCUUCUUUCUCUAGAAUCAGGAAUAAACUUUUCAUAAAUCUAUAAAAAAAAAUCCUAAGUAUACUGCUGCCUUUUCCGAUCGUUUGUCUUGUCAGUUGUUGAAGUUCAAAUUUACUAUGGUGUUUUCAUAGCUGUUUUCCAUGUGUUGUCCCCCUCACCUAUUUUUUGUUGUUGUUGUAUGUAUGUACUGUAAAGUGACUAUGAUUAGAGCCCAGCCCUCAUGCUGUGCCACAUAACAAUCCAAUGCUUCCCACAGUUGUCGAAUUGUCUGAAUGUCCUCUGGGUGGUAGAACAUUCUUGAUACACACAGGAAACUGUUGAGCGUGGAAAAACCUAGCCAGCGUCGCAGUUCUUGACACACUCAAACCGGAGCGCCUGGCACCUACUACCAUACCCCGUUCAAAGGCGCUUAAUCUUUUGUCUUGUACAUUCACCUUCUGAAUGGCACGCAAACACAAUCCAUGUCUCAUUUGUCUCGAGGCUUAAGAAAAACUCCUUUUAACCAGUCUCCUACCUUUUCAUCUACACUGACGUUGAAGUGACGUCAAUACGGGAUCAUAGCGUUCACCUGGUCAGUCUCACGGAAACAGCAGGUGUUCCCGACGUCUUGCACACUCAUGGAAUUGUACAACAUGUGCUUGCCUGUCUCAGGUGGCACCUCACUGCCCCCAAGGUGCUCCUUUAUCCUUCACAUCGGCCUUUUUGCUUUUCCACCUCUCUCUCCCUCUAAGCACUUUGCCCCCCCCCCACCCCCAUAACCUGAGGCUUCACUAGACGGACCUAUAGUCCUCACGAGCAGGGUGGUCAAGCUAAUUUUGGAUCCCCUUGUAUCCGGCUGUCGAUGCGGAUUCUGAGCCCCAGCCUGCCGACCCAGCCAGCCAACCCAGCGUAAAGUUAGCUGACCAGAGCUUAGUCCAUUCAGCACGCAGACCGUAAUCCAUCCCCUUCCUCCCACACAAACAAAAGCCAGGCCAAGCUGACUCUGAGCAGUAGCUGCACCAAUAUGCCUCUGAGCCUGGGCUGCCAUGGGGAUGGAAAGAGGGUAGGAGUUUUUUCCCUUAACCACCAGACCCCCAAUCCUAACCUUAACCAUUAGGGGGGGAUGAAAACUUUAUGACCCUGUAUGAGGUGUUAGAAGUAUCUUCUCUUUUAACUGCUCAGUAGGGAUGAUAGAGGGGUGAGGGUGUCUUUGCAGGAGGGUUCCCGACAAACUGCUGCUGCUCACUCAUUUGACUGCCGGCCAGAUCGCGAAGAAGCAAACCAAACGGUAGUGAAGUUCAAUUCCCCUCGAGCCUUAAUGUGGCCUAAAAAAUCAACAUCAUAGAACACCGUACUUGUUGGUGGACGGUUAAGCUGGAGAUGGAAAGACCUGUACCAUGCUAUUGUCAUCGUGGUUACGCUAUCAUUUUAGGUUUUUAUUUUUUUUUGUCUGCGUAGGCAUCAUUUGAACUUCAUCCAUUUUAGCUUCAACAGUUGAUUCAUACUGUGCUGGGAAUGUAUUGAACAUUUUAUACACACUUGAAUAAGCAUUUCUCUCAACUUACAAUGUAUUUAUGUGCAAUACAGACUAGACCUUGAUUCUUCCCAUAUUUCAUGUGUACCGUAGCAUUAGCUAUGACUAUUGUAAACGUUCUCAAACGCAGAACUUCACGUAGGAGCCUGCUAUGUUCAGAUUGCUUUGUCAUUGAACAAUCAACUUUCUUUGACCUUGUCCAGAGUUUCAUAUUACUUUUGUCUCUGUUUGAAAUGUUGUCCCUUCUAGAAAAGUGUUUUCAAGUAGCAACAUCUUUCUUUUAAUGGCAUGACCUCACUAUGAUAAUCAUGUACUUUCUGUGAAUUGGCUCGGCCUCUGAGGUUAGCACAUCAUUUGGGGCCCAUAAGACCUACCUUUGCAAUAGAGCCUCUUUUGUAAAAAAAAAUAAUCUCGGCCCAUGUUCUGUUAGCUGGGUCGUUACACUUUUCUCAGAAUGUGUCUCAAAUGUUGGCUUCAACUAUGGUAAUUUUGUAGUCGUAUGAGAGCUGUAACAAGAUACGCCGGUUUAACAUCAAGGUACAAAUCCCUACGCGAGACGGCAUAAAAAUAUAAACCUCACUGUAAUCAAUGUGAGGGAUCUGCUCGAUAUUGCCAGUAAGGACAAAUCUGAUACCGCAGAGCAUUGACAUCACACAAGGGCCGCGGUUCGAUCCAGGCCAGGGGAGCAGGAGAGAGCGGAAUAAAGAGACUUCUUUGUUUUUCUGAGACCUGUGAACCUCCCAUCACUGCAGUUGGACUUUUUCAACAACUGUCUAGGAAUAUGAUCCCUUAUGCAGACAAUUAAUCAGACACUAUGUUUUUUUUUUUUUAGUAAGAACGUGCAAGUAUAUUGGUAUGUACUGUAUGCCUGAUACACAUUUGAUCAUUUGGGGUUCAGGUCAGGAGUUUCAUUUGUGUCUUUCUGUAGUGUCCAUAGUCAUGGUAUUAGUUAUGGUACACAGGUGGACUCAAGUUAUACAGUGGACAAGCAGGUAAAAAGCCAUCUGGCCACAGAUAUUUAUUUUAGUUAUUUUGUGGACUACUAAAGGACACAAUGUAGACUGCUUUGUUUUCCUCUCGAACCUCAGAUACUAAGAAGCCAUUGCAUUUUAAUGAAGCGUUUUCCCCCGGGGUGAAUCGAGAGGCACCCCCUUCUUCAACAGCUCAAAGCAGAAACAUGCAAAUUGCGCUUUUGAUGAUGUCAAUGAGGAUAUAGCCGUAUAAAAUAUCUGUAUAUUUAGUCAUUUUGAAAAAUAAUUGAUUUAUUAGGAGAUUUCUGAUAAUUAAAUAUGCCUACGACUUGUUUUACAAGUGACGUGUACAUUUAUAAGAUUUAAUUUUCAACCUUAUUUUUAACUGUCAAAUAAAAUUAUUGGAAAGAUAAAUCUCUCUCUGUAUUCAUUU